AAGUGAGUCUCAGUCUGAUUGAAUUUGAAUAUCUCACUGAUUGUAAUGUUAAAGACAAACCAGCCUUCAUUCAAAGGUUACCACAAGGAUUCCCUUUAGUAUUGUAGGUGUUCAUUUGCAGGAUGUUCUCUAACAGGCUGUUCUACCUGGCUUUUCAGCUACUUUCUUCCAUUCACAUGGGAAUUGCAAUUCAGAAUGGAACAAUGAAAGCUGCUGGAUCCUUGCUGUCACUGGAAACACAUUCUCAGAAGCCUGUGAGACAACAUAACCAUACUGAGAUUCAGAAGCAGAAAAUCUUUAGAGAGAAGAUUCCAUUUAUUGGGCUCACAAAAACCAGUACACUGGACAAGCACUGCUGUAAGAAUGGAGGGACCUGUAUGCUAGGCAGUUUCUGCGCUUGCCCUAAGCAUUUCACUGGAAGACAUUGUGAGUUUGACUCGAGGAACAAGCAUUGUGGCUCUGUAGCUAAUGGACAUUGGCUGCCUAGAAAGUGCGCUUUAUGCAGAUGUUCUUAUGGAACUAUGUAUUGUUUUCCAUCCGGAGACUGUGAUGCAUAUGAAUAUCAUGAAGAUGUCAAAAUGGUACAGUCUGGAGGAAUUACAAUGUCGCCAAUAUCUCUCCUUGUUCUGAUUAUGGCAACUAUUCUGUCACUCCAUUAGAAAUGAUCUCUUCACAUUUUUGUAAAAUAGCUGUAUAAUUUGAUAUAUAGCCAUUUUAACGGUUUAACAUAUUUAUUGAAAUGUAAUCUUGCACUUUUCCAUGACAAGUGUUUGCAUAUUUUUAUUUGUUAAAUUAUUAGUUUUUAUGAAAGAAUACUAUAUUGUACUUGCACAUUUAACUUUUCUGUGUACCCUGAAAACGUAUAUUACUUUUUUUUUUUUUUU